CGCAAUCGAGAGCUUUGUUUAUAAUUUGCAGGCAAAAAACUGAACGUAAACAACGCCCCUCGGAAACAUGAGUGGGGAUAAGGAAAUGAUUUUGCAAUUUGCACCAUUUGAAUCUUUUGUGUCGCCUACGUUUUGGCAUAAGCUGGCAGAGAUUAAACUGGACCACGAUCGCCUAUCCGAUUCCAAACGCUCCAUCUCUGGACACUAUACCAACCGAAAUGCCAAGGGAUGUCUCCUGGAAGUCGAUUACACAGCCUACAACAAGAAUCCACAGCCACCGAAAUUCAGCCAUUCCGCCAUCGGCACCAUCUACAACAAGAACACAAUCGAAGAGUUCAAGGCCCUGGACAAACUGCAACUGCUGGCCGAUGAGGGCAAGGAACUCGUAGCUGAUAUGAGCAAUGGUGGGGUCUUCAGGGAUCCCAGCUUGUUGACCCGGUUCUUUGUUCUCUCCUUUGCCGAUUUAAAGUGCCACAGCUAUUACUACUGGUUUGCCUUUCCCUGCCCUCUGACGCCUACCCUAAAGCUCCAGGGUGCCGUCCAAAAAUUGCAAGACAUACCCAAUAGUACAAACUUCACUGAUGCCUUAAAAGCCCUGCCCGCUGAGUCACAGAACUUUUUUAUUAUGUAUGCCGAUAAGGAGCAGAAGGUUUUCGAAGCUCGAGAACUAAGUUCCCUGGACGAAAAAGAAGUAGAACAAUACUAUUUUGGUUUCGCCGAUCCCAGCGAGUACGAGCACCCAGCUUGGUUGAUGAGAAACUAUGCAGCUUUUCUAAUCCAUCAGUUCCCAUCUUUUGUUGGCAAAACACUCAAGUUUCUUGGCCUGCGAUACAACCAACAAAUGCAGUUGGGUGACAGCCGUAUUUGGCAGGUGAUUCAAACCGAAGCUUGUAAUCUAGAACAAACCCCGGCGGUACAAUUUGUAGGAUGGGAGCUUAAUAAAAAUGCCAAAAUGGGGCCAAGAAUGGUGUGCAUGAGGGACAGCAUGGAUCCAGCCAAGUUGGCUGAAAACUCUGUAAACCUGAACCUAAAGCUAAUGAAGUGGCGCCUAGUUCCCGAUCUUAAUCUGGAGAUUAUCUCUCAAACCAAGUGUCUGCUAUUCGGAGCUGGUACUUUGGGGUGUGCUGUGGCAAGGAAUCUUUUAUCCUGGGGCUUCAAGCACAUCACACUGCUGGACAACGGCAAAGUAGGGUUCUCGAAUCCAGUGCGCCAGAAUCUCUACACUCAUGCGGAUGCCGUGGCGGGAAAUCGGAUGAAGGCCACCACAGCUGCAGAGAGGUUGCGAGAGAUUAAUCCCUCUGCAGAAACAGCAGGUCAUGUGCUGGAAAUUCCAAUGCCGGGACACACCAUUGGGGAAUCACUGGUUGCCCAGACUGAGGAGCACUUACAGGUCAUAGAGCAGCAAGUGCGCAACCACGAUGUCAUCUUCCUGCUCACGGAUUCGCGUGAAAGUCGUUGGCUUCCCACGUUGUUGGGAGCAGCCAACCAAAAGAUUGUAAUCAAUGCAGCUCUGGGCUUUGAUAGCUAUUUGGUGAUGCGACAUGGUAGUACUCGCGAGGAAGCAGGGGACGUUGCUCAGGAGAUCGCUGCACUCAAGUGCAUCAAUGGCAACCAAUUGGGUUGCUACUUCUGCAACGAUGUCACGGCCCCAGGAAAUUCGCUUAAGGAUCGUACUUUGGACCAGCAGUGCACUGUGACCCGACCUGGAGUAUCCAACAUUGCUGCUAGCUAUGCAGUGGAAUUACUGGUGGCCUUGCUCCAGCAUCCUCAACGGGAACAAGCGCCCGCCUACUACGCCCAGAGUGGGCGUGGCAAGUCGGAGGAGGCUGAUGGCAAGGUGCCGGAGGGUCUACUGGGAAUUCUCCCCCACUCCAUCCGCGGAUUGCUGUGCAACUAUGAAAACAUUCUACCCGCGACCCAAAAGUUUGCUCAGUGCAUCGCUUGCUCAGCGGCUGUUUUGGAUGCAUAUAAAAAUGACGGUCAUGCCUUCCUCUUUAAAACUUUCGAAACAGCCAAAUAUCUUGAGGACUUAACAGGAAUCUCAGAGUUUAAGCGGUUGAACAGUGAGAUAAUUGAUUUUGAUGAUGAAGAAUUUGAAAUGUCGAGCGAGGAAGAUUAGCCUGCACUUACUUAACAUUCUGUUCUUCUGCCUCUUUCAACGUAUAAAAGAAUGGUCCAACUUAUAGAGGCUUUUAUUUACCAGCUUGGAUUUUUUGCAGAAUUAAUUAUUUCAGCUCAGCAAGCAUUUAAAGUCCAAUGUCAAAACCAAAAAUGUGUGUAUUGAUGUUUUUCUAUAUUGUCUAGUCAUUAAGGAAAUUGUGAAUCAAUCCAUUGAAAUUAUAUUAAUAUAUGUAUUUACUUUUGAAUAUUUAAAUAAAUUUGAAAAUUGAAAAUCA